AUGUUGUUCAAUGCAAUUCACCUAUCUGCCAUCUUGGACGUGCGUCAGUUCCUCGGCAUCUCAUAUGCUAGGCCGCCAGUAGGCCAGUUAAGAUUCGCUCCUCCAGAGGACGUAGUGCGCAUUCAAGUUACCAUCAAUGCUACUUCGCUACCUAAUUCCUGCAUGCAGCAAUUCUCCAGCGGAUCUACUAUCUACACCGCCUACGAGACGGAGUUCCUGAUCAGUGGCGGGCAGUCCGAAGACUGUCUUUAUCUGUCCAUCUGGACCCCAUCCAUCGCUGCCAUUGACAGGAAGGGGUCUCCCUUGCCAGUGUUCUUGUACAUUCCUGGAGGUGGAUUGACCAGUGGAGGUCAGAAUUCAAUGUACAAAAUUCCUGACAAGUGGGUCAAGAGGACUCAGUCGCAUAUUGUCGUCGUCAUGAACUAUCGCGUGGAUGUCUUCGGCUUUCCUAAUGCUGCUGCAUUGUCCCACCAAAAUCCUGGUCUUCUUGAUCAGCGAAAGGCGGGAUGGACCUACAGUAACAUUGCACAUUUUGGGGGAGACCCAGACAGAAUAACCCUUUGGGGUCAAUCGGCUGGCGGAGCCAGUGUCGCCAACUAUCCUUAUGCAUUCGCGGAUGAUCCCAUUGUCAAAGGCCUCAUUGCAGACUCAGGUGCUACAGGCAUCAUUGCCAAAUCCGACCCGACCCAUUCCAACUUUACGGCCCUGGCUGGUCUGGUCGGCUGCAGCAAUAUGAGUGCAGUGAACGAGCUUCAUUGCGUCCGUCGCGUCAAUGCAUCGACGUUGGAAAAUGCUUUGUCGAAUUAUGUCAUCAACAAGCAAACACCUACAAUUUCGUUCACACCAACAGACGACAAUAUCACUGUGUUCACCAACUACACUGACCGACUCACUCAUGGACACUUGGCUCGAUUGCCUCUCAUCACUGGCUCGAACACGAAUGAAGGUGCGGGCUUUGUGCCGUACACACCGUCUGGUCCUGGCAAUGCGACACUAGUGAACACGACACUUUCGAUCAUCGCUUGUCCUGUUGCCAGAGAUGUUGCUCGACGCGACCUCGCACCAGAGCUCUAUCCAACCUACCGCUACCUCUACACCGGUAACUUCACCAACACAUCCCCCGUCUCUUGGUUUGGUGCUUACCACAGCUCUGAGCUGCCUUUGUUGUUCGGCACCCAUGACAAGUAUGGCCCCGGAAACUCCACCAGCUUCGAGUACUCGGUCAGUCAAACGAUGGAGGCUUUAUGGCUGAGCUUUGCAGAAUGUCCUGGAGCUGGUCCGAAACGGUUCAACAUGGCGUUUGCAGAGGGAGGCAAGGCUUUACAGCUGGCGAAUGCGUGGCCCAGAUUGGAUCAGUACUGUGGACUGUGA